CGUCGUUUCCUCUGGCCGCCUCGAAGAACCACUCAACCCCGCCACGUUGACCACCGCCGACGCAGAGCCAACGGGCGAUCGCCACGUCAUCACUCCGUUCCUUUCCCCCCAUGCGCUGCCUUCACAGGCAAUCUCACCCCACCGACUCCUUUUAAUUUAAUUCCAAGCCCGCGGUUUCCGCACAUAGAAGAAAGCUAGAGAGAGAAAGAGAGGGAGAGAGAAGAGAGAGAAGAGAGUUGGGAUCUCGGCAAGUGUCGCUCACCGCUAGGGUUUCGUUGGUUCAUCCAUCUUCAUUGUUAUGGACUCUAAAAUGAAGCAGGACAGCGUGUUGGCUCUUACUGAUCUGGCAGUUCUGCCUAUUAGUGCUGUUUUAACUGCCAUCAAGCAUAUCAUGGACGGAGGAGUGGAGGAUAUUGAUCCUCUGAUCAUCACUCAAGCUUCAUUACUGAGCCAGUUGCCUGGGGAUUUAUCGUCUGUGGAUAUCAUCAUACUUUUCUGUAUGUCAUCUGAGUUUCCUGGUGAUCAGUUGUUUGGGGAAAUCUUACGUGUGUUGAAGCCUGGUGGAAUACUCCUACUAUAUAGGAGUUCUGAAUCUGCAGGAGGAGAAGAGAUAAUCUCUGCUUUUGAGCACAAGUUACUGGUGGCAGGGUUCGUAGAUGUACAGGUUUUCUCAGAUUCAGGAUUUGAAUUUGUGCAGACCCUGGGGAUAAAAGCCAAGAACCCAUCUUGGAAGAUUGGUUCGUCCUUCCCUCUGCAGAGGAAGCCCACAAAAAGCUUGCCUAGUGUCCAGAUCGAUGAUGAUAUGGAUCUGAUUGAUGAGGACAGCCUCCUGACUGAAGAGGAUCUGAAGAAACCCCAGUUGCCACCAAUUGGUGAUUGUGAAGUUGGAAAUACGAGGAAAGCCUGCAAAAAUUGCAUCUGUGGACGGGCAGAGAUGGAGGAGAAAGUCAAGCUAGAACCCACUAUGGACCAGCUGAACAAUCCCCAAUCCGCAUGUGGCAGUUGUGGACUAGGUGAUGCCUUUCGGUGCGGUACAUGCCCUUACAGGGGUCUCCCCCCAUUCAAACAUGGCGAGAAGGUCACUUUAUCUGGAAAUUUUCUUGCUGCUGAUAUAUAAGAGGAAUUGGACACGCCCUUGGCAUGCUAAUUCGGUUGAAGAUUCUGAUUUAGGUCGCAGUGUAGUCAAGAGAGUGAGAGAAAUGAAAGAGUCUGGGUUGGCUGGCCGGCCGGCCAUGUACAAUUUCAUACAGAUAGUUGUAAUGGAUGCAAUGAUAAUAAAAUGCUUUGCUUAGUUCAA